UCCUCGUCGCCUCCAAGAUUCAAGGAUCGCGAACGGCCGAUGAUGCGUCAACAUGAACUGUACAUAUCGUUACUAUUGCCUGAUCUCCUCCUUCUCUACUACUGCUUUUCUCUUCUUCUCAAUAUCCUCUGCCUAAACACACAAUCUCACGACGACAGCCGCCUCCUGACAGCGCGACAGCUCGACAGCAAGCAACACUUUGAGCACCUAGCAAGCAACGCGCGGCCGAACCACCCAGUACCUCACAGCACAUAAACGACCUGCUCGGCACAGCACUCGCCCAUCAUGUUCUUCUUCUUCGUCUGCGGAGAAAAGACCAUCCGUAGCAAGCUCCCCGGCUACGAAGGCGUCGUCUGCCAAUGCCACAACUGCGGCAACAUGUCAGGACGCGUCCUCAAGCGCCGGCCCUUCUUCACCUUUUGCUUCGUCCCUAUCAUUCCAUUCUCCAUCUCCGGAUACAAGGACAUCUCCUGCCACAUCUGCAACUACAACCAGCCCCUCGAGCAGCGACCGGACGUACAAGCCAUGGCGAAUGGCGGUGCGGGCGCCGGUCCCCAGCGCGGGCCCGAUCCCAGGUCCCAGCAGGGACACUUCAACCCGCAGCAGCAACAGUACCAGGGACAGGGUCCGCCACCGGGACCCCAAGGUUGGGGGAAGCAAGGGCCGCCUCCUCCUCAGGGAGGCCAUCACUACGGCUAACGAAGAGAAGCCGUGAGAGGGCAUAUUGGCGUUGAGGCAGUGCUGUAACGACAACGGCGUAAUGACUGGGGGCGUGGGAUGGGACGGCUACGGCGUAAAUGGGCUUUUCGAGAUUGAACUGGUCAGGACGGUGGUGCUCUGAUCUGGACGUUGUGAGCGGGGCGUGUUGGUAUGUGUGUUAUGCUCUUGAUAUACCCGUUCUUCCUGGCCUUUUGUUAAUCAGGCUUCAAUCCAUGCUUUAUCUCGUUGCAACUUGGUUCUUGUACAUGCUCGUCUGGCGUGCAUCAUUCCCCUGGGUUUAGGGACUUGG